AUGUCCCGAAAACUUGACACUUUCAAUGCUUUUACCAAUUGUCAGAAAAGCAAAGAAAGUAUCUACGCCCCUCAAGAUGACCAAGAAUACCAAUUGGCCAUCGAGCGUGAAAACAGAUAUAGAAAUUACUUACGUGAAGAAUCCCAGAAGUUGCGGAACAAAUGGCAAAAACUUGCUGCUCAGGAUGUGCGAAAAAGGACAAAUGGUGAUGUAGAUAGAAAGCAGCAUAAAAUGACAUACAGUGAGGAGAUGUACAAAAAAUUUGCAACAAUGAAUGCUGAAGAGCGUCAAAGAGCAAUUCACGAAGUGGAAGAAAUUAUUUGGCGUGAUACAGUAAAACCACGGGAAUUGCAGAGUGCAGCCCUUCUGAGUGAAGUGCUGAAAAUGCAAGAAAAACAGAGACAGGAAAUGCGACAGGUAAAAAUGCUGAAUCAGGAGAAGAAAAUGCAAACAGCUCGUGAAUUGCGGAUGCAGAGUCAACAGUGGUGCGAGGGACAACGUCAAAGAACUUUUGAUGAGCGAAAACGCGCUGCACAGUACAAAAAGGACCUGCAGGAACUUAUUGAAGAGCGUGAAAGGAUGAGGCAGCAGCAGAAGGAGCAGCAAUUGACAAUUGAAAGGAAAAUCCAGAAAAUGAAGGAAGAGGACUUGCUGGCCAGCAAAACCACUGAUCGGAAGAAUCACGAGAAGAAGCAAAAAUUUGUUCACAAACACGCACUGGAGGCCCUCAAAAUCAAGGAAGAUGCACAAAAAAGAGGGGAUAUGUGCGAGGAUAUUCAAGAUAAAAUGAUACAAUUGUAUCACGAAGGUAGAAAAAGGAUAUCUGAUUUUAUGCAGACCAAAGCUCGUGAGAAGCAUAUUCGUAGAGAUCAACUGAAGGAAAUAAUAUCCGGGCAAUUUGUGGAAAUACAGCCCAAAACUCAAGAAAUUGAGGAUAAACAAAUCAAAAAAGCUGCAAUUGAGCAAGAUGCAGAAUUCAAGAAGAAAGUUCAAGAGGAGAAAAAUGCCAAGCAAAAGCUCAAGAAGGAACGCUUUGAAGCUCAACUGGAGGAAGUGCGGUGUUUGCGCGAGAGAAAAGCUCAGGAAGCUCAAGAGCGUCGCCUGUCGGUGGAAAAUCGCCUGGAAAACUUCAAUGUGACUCUGAAACACCACGAGAUGGAGGUGAAGCAAAAGCUGGAUGAAGCUCGGCGGAUGCGCGAAGCUCUGGACCGCCAAGUGGCGGAGAAACGUGAGAGGGAGAGGAAGGAGCGGCAGGAGGAAAUUGAUUUCACCAAUAGGGUUAUUGUGGAGGAGGCUGAGGCCAAAGAUAGAGCUUUUGGCAGAUUCAGUGAACGACUGGUGGAUCAUGCAAGGGUCAGGGGGGAACCUCUAUUGCCACUUGAGAGAGCUAAGGACGCCUACAGAAGUCUCAACAGUAUCACCCGACGACCCAUUCCUCCGCACCUCUGUGACAAUGUUCCAAUAAAUCAGAAGACAUACUCUGGUACAAAUUGGUAAGGGAUUUGUGCCGGCAGCACCCUU